UUAGAACACAUUAAAUUCUAAUAAUAGUUUAAAUUGUGGUUACAUUUGGUUUUAAACCGUAUUAGUUUCACCGUUAAAGAGAGUGUUGUCUAAUUGUAAUUUUAAUUUUCACCAAAAAUAAAAGAAAUGAUGUGGAAAUUAAAUUAAAGCUACUCUUGAAAAAAAAAAAAAACUUGCAAAACCCAAUCAGCUCCUCUUCGGCUCUUCCAGUCCCCUCUGUCUGUAUCUCCUCCUCAAAAUAAACAAUCUCCAUUGUUAAUAUUGCUCAUACCUUCAUCAAAUCAAUAAUUCAAAAAAAAAAAAAACAAUCUUUUUACAAAAAUGGAAUCACCCACAUCAUCAAAAAGCUGGAGCAUUUACGGAAGAAAAGAAAUCAGCGCAAAAUACGAAAUCAAAGAGAGAAUCGGCUCCGGCGCAUACUCCGACGUAUACCGCGCACUCCGUCGAUCGGACGGCUGUACUGUCGCCUUGAAAGAGAUCCAUGAUUAUCAGAGCUCUUUUCGUGAAAUCGAGGCCCUUCAAACCCUUCAAAAUUGCCCCAACGUCGUCGUUUUACACGAGUAUUUUUGGAGGGAAGAUGAAGAUGCUGUUCUUGUAUUGGAGUAUUUGAGGACUGAUUUAGCUUCUGUUAUUAAAGAGGGUAAGAAGAAUUCGACGGCUGGGAUUUCAUCUGGGGAGAUUAAGCGAUGGAUGGUUCAGAUUUUACAUGGGGUUGAUGCUUGUCAUCGGAAUUCUAUUGUUCAUCGUGAUCUUAAACCGGCUAAUUUGUUGAUUUCUGAUGAUGGGGUUUUGAAAUUGGCUGAUUUUGGUCAGGCAAGAAUCCUCCUAGAGCCAGGUUUUGUUGCAUCUGCGGAAGACUUGCAAUCGCAGCACGAUGAGCGAGAUGCUAGUGCUCAAGGUCACCCAUCUACAUUCCAACAGCCUGAAGUUAUCAUGAAUGAUUUAAGUAAGCAGGCUUGUGCUAAUCAAGAGCAAGGUAAUCCAAGCAGAGAAGACUUCUUCAGAAACUUAGUUAUGCUAAAGGCUAAAGCUGCUGCUACAGAUGACACAGACAAGGAUUCAAACACCCUGGAUGGAGAUAAUUCCUGUCUUGCCACUUGCACUAUGAGUGAAAUAGAAGAUGAUCUGCUCAAGGGCUCGAAUACGUAUGAACCCGAGGCAGGUGAGGAGGACAAUUAUGGUCCUCUAACUUCAUGUGUUGGGACUCGGUGGUUUAGAGCUCCAGAGUUGCUCUAUGGUUCGAUAAAUUAUGGAGUGGAGAUUGACCUCUGGUCAUUAGGGUGCAUUUUUGCAGAGCUUUUCAGCUUAGAGCCCCUCUUUCCUGGAACCUCAGAUAUAGAUCAGCUCUCUAGAAUUUUUAACGUCUUGGGCAACUUAACGGAGGAGACCUUUCCUGGUUGUUCAAACCUUCCUGAUUAUAAAAUGAUUUCAUUCAAUAAAAUAGAAAAACCCCUUGGGUUAGAAACGUGCUUGCCAAAUCGUUCACCUGAUGAAAUCCUUAUAGUUAAGAAGCUUCUGUGCUUUAAUCCUGCCAGUAGAGCUACUGCAAUGGAGCUGUUACAAGACAAGUACCUCACAGAGGAUCCUCUUCCUGUUCCAAUUUCCGAACUUAGAGUUCCAUUGACUAGAUGUUCCCCCGAUGAGGAUUCCCCUGGCAAUUGGAAUGACUACAGGGAAACAGGUUCAGACUCAGAUUUUGAUGAAUUUGGUGGCGUAAAUGUGACCAAAACCGAUGCUGGUUUCUCUGUUCGCUUUGAUUGAGAAGAGUUGCAGAUUUCAGGACCAUGUAUUCUUCUAGAGUACAUGUCUUUCAAUUUUGAAUUAUGAGCAGCAUCCUACAUAAUAUUCUUGGAUGUCAUAUUGACGUAUUAUGUCAUCUAUUGGCAUUAGUCUUUAGAGUAUGUUAUUUUCUCUAAUGACAUGUGAUGGCCUGUUUUCGUGAUUGUAUUCCUUGUAUUCUUUUUCUGUAUACUCUUAACUUAUUGUUAUUAAGCCGAUUAAGGUGAUGCAAAUGGCAAAAAUAAGUGAGCCAA